AUGUCAGAUGAACUGGCCCAAGACGAGGAAGAUGCCGAAGACUACGAUCUCGAAGCACUGGAAAGCCGUACACACGCUCGUGAUGACGAUGAUGACGACAACGCUACUCUCGUUGGCGAUCGAAGAGGCGGCCCCGCUCCAUUGCGCGACGACCAUGUUGUCUUCGAGAUCGGUGAUGAAGAUGCCGGUAGCGACGAUGAAGACGAAAGCAAGAAGCAAGGGCGAAUAAAACUGCAGUCGAGUGAAAAUCUUCCUGGCGAUGUCCAGGAACGGCAGGGACUCAUAGGGAACGGGGCAUCGAGGGACCGCAACGACUAG